GUCUUUAUAUCGUUAUCAAUCCUCAGUUCACACUUCGGCUACCCUCAUAGCAGCAAAAUCUUCAGUUCAACUUACUUAGAGAGAGAGACUUACAUGGAUCCAGAGGCAUUCACGGCGAGUUGGUUCAAGUGGGACCCCCGAGCACUGGUGCCACCACCAAACCGUCAGCUAGAAGCGGUGGCUCAACUGCCACAGCCGGCGGCGGGGUAUGCAGUGAAGCCAAGGGAGCUGUGUGGACUGGAGGAGUUGUUUCAAGCGUAUGGGAUAAGAUACUACACAGCAGCGAAGAUAGCAGAGCUUGGUUUCACUGUCAACACUCUCUUGAAUAUGAAAGAUGAGGAGCUUGAUGAGAUGAUGAACAGCUUGUGUCAGAUUUUCCGGUGGGAUCUUCUUGUUGGAGAAAGAUAUGGUAUCAAGGCAGCGGUUAGAGCUGAAAGGAGGCGGCUUGAGGAGGAAGAUUCUCGGCGAAGGCAUUUAUUAUCAGCAGAUACCACUAUUGCUCUUGAUGCUCUCUCUCAAGAAGGGUUAUCAGAGGAACCAGUGCAGCAAGAGAAAGAAGCGGCGGGAAGUGGCGGAGGGGGAACAUGGGAGGUGGUAGCAGGCGGAGAAAGAAAGAAACAGCAACAGCAGAAACAGCGGCGGAGGAAAGGGCAGAGGAAGGCGGUCGAUAUUGAUCAAGAUGAAGAAAACGAGAACGACGAAAAUGGUGGGUAUGAGAGACAGCGGGAGCACCCAUUUAUCGUGACGGAGCCUGGGGAAGUGGCACGUGGCAAAAAGAACGGUCUUGAUUACCUCUUCCAUCUCUAUGAACAGUGUCGCGAUUUCCUGAUACAAGUCCAGAACAUUGCCAAAGAGCGCGGAGAAAAAUGCCCCACCAAGGUGACGAAUCAGGUGUUCAGGUACGCAAAGAAGGCAGGAGCGAGCUACAUCAACAAGCCUAAAAUGAGACACUAUGUGCAUUGCUAUGCCCUUCACUGUCUUGAUGAGGAAGCCUCAAAUGCACUGAGGAGAGUUUUCAAGGAGAGAGGAGAAAAUGUUGGAGCAUGGAGACAGGCAUGUUACAAGCCACUUGUGGCCAUCGCAGCACGCCAAGGAUGGGAUAUAGAUGCCAUUUUCAAUGCACAUCCUCGUUUAGCCAUUUGGUAUGUUCCUACAAAGCUUCGUCAACUUUGUCAUGCAGAGCGCAAUAGUGCUACUGCUUCUAGCUCUGUCUCUGUCUCUGGUGGGGGCGAUCACUUGCCUUUCUAAGGCUUUAUAUGUUAGGUAUAGAACAGUUUGUUUAUUGUUGUAGGUUAGGAUGAAUGGCUUGUGAUGGAUGGUUGCAGUUGACAUCCAUAGUUUAAAAUGUGCUACUUAAAAGGGUAAGUACUAUUUCGCUUAUAAUCAAUUAAUAUUAUCAUUGAUUUUAGAA